AUGGCUACUUUAGUCAACUAUGAACAUAGCAAUAGUCCAAUACUUCACAAAGUAGAAUCCGGGCAUUCGAAUACUGAUGUACCUGAAUUGAUUUUCUUUAACUACCAUGAAUUUCUAGAAGUGCCGACAACAUCUUCUGGUUGUGCCUUGUCUACUGCAAAGCUAGUUAUAAAUCAUUUUCCAAAUAUAUACGCGGAUAGUCUGUCAUUGUCAUAUAAGAACACUCGAAUACUACGAAUACCAAGAUGUUAUUAUUCCCGCAAGUAUUCUGAUUUAAUUCCUCAAUUUUCGGAGUAUUUUCCUGGUCAGGAACCAGGUGCAAUACAUGAUCCACAUCCUCAAAUCAACGAAUUGGGAUUAUAUGAUGAUAAUUACUUUGGAAGAUCUUCUAGAAUUCCAAUUCUCAAUGGUUUGCUUAAUGAAAAUGAAUUGAAGGAUAUUGUAAUAACAGUUAAUGAAUUAUUAUAUCAAGCAUUUAAUCCAUUUUCAACCAUUACUUUGUUUGAGAAUAUAUUAGAAAUAUUCACUGGUGGAUUAUUUUCUCAAGUAUCUAAUUUAAUUGGCAUUAAAUCAUUUACUAAAAGGAGAUUAGAUAAAUUAGAAACUUUCAUAAAUGAUACAAAUAAAAGUUUUGAAACUCGAGAGAUUGAUUUAAAGAUUAUUUCCCCGAGAUAUUCAGGAUAUCUAUCAGUAUAUGUGUUUCAACGUGAUUUGACCAUGGCUAAAUCAAAGAUGGCUGAAGAUUUAUCAAGUGAUAAAAAAUGGUCGAAAGAAAGAAUCCAAAAAAGAGUACAGAAAUUAAAAGUCAAGAUUGGCCAUGGCGGGACUUUAGAUCCAUUAGCUACAGGUGUAUUAGUGGUUGGGGUUGGGGCAGGUACCAAAAAAUUACAAUAUUAUUUGGCACAAUGUAAAAAGACUUAUGCUGCAAAAGCACUCUUGGGACUUUGUACGACAACAGGAGAUAGUGAAGGUGAAAUAGUUAGUCAGAAUGAAAUUGAUCAUAUAACUAAAGAAGAUGUUAAAAAUGCGGCAGCAAGAUUCGUGGGUGAUGUCAAACAAACUCCAUCAAUCUAUUCCGCUCUAAAAGUUGAUGGAAUGCCACUUUAUGAUUAUGCGCGUAAAGGAUUACCAAUACCUAAAGAUAUUAAAGUUAGAGAUGUAACUAUUCAUUCUUUAGAAGUAUUUGAUAAGGAUUUGUUAAGCACUGACCAUGAAUAUAAGAAAUUAGAAAGUCAAUUUGAUGAAAAUGGAGAACCUAAAGAACAUGCAUUAAUGAAUAAUCCAACAUUAAAUGAUUCUCCAGUAUAUUUCUCAUCUCAAUAUCUUGAAAGAGCUGAAAGGGAAGGUCUUCCAAAAGAAGUGGGAAAACCAAGAAUGUUAAAAGAAGAUUCAGAAUUACCUGAAAAACUCCCAAUGUUUAGUUUCGAAGCAGAUGUUUCUUCUGGUACUUAUAUCAGAAGUUUAAUCAGUGAUAUUGGACGUACGUUGGAAUCUUCGGCAUAUAUGGUUGCUUUGGCCAGAACAAAGCAAUCCGAAUGGGAAUUGGGUAAGAACGUAUUUAAAAUGGAAGAUUUUUCAAAGGAUCAAAGAAUCUGGGGUCCUGUUCUUAAGAAAGUCCUUGAAAGCAAUGGAGCUGAUAUUGAAUUAGAAAAGUUGUUCGAGGAUGUCGAGACUAAGCUUGCGCCAUUGUUUGAAAAGGAGAAGCAAUUAUUAAGUGACGCUGAAUUAAGGAACCAAGAGGAAUUACAAAAUGAAGCUGACAGUACUAAAGAUGAAGCUUUACAAGCUGAACAGAAAGAUAAACAAGGACAAACUGAAUCAAACCAUAAUACAAAGAAGAGAAUUAUACAAAACUCUAUUGAUCUCUAUCAAAAUAAUGAUCUACAAUUAGUAAUUGCUGGAGUGGACAGUGUAGUCCCCAAUUCCCAAAGAAAUGGAGUUUCCGAAAUGUGGAUGACAAAUACCAUGGAUAUAACAUCGGCCAUUCCAUUAGAAGCACGAGAUGAUUUAAAUACUCCACCAAAAGAAAGUGAUGGGGUUCAUAUUGUUACCGCCAGAAAGAAUUGGAAGAAUAUUGAUUCGAAUUUAAAACUUCAUUUGAAUCAAACUAUGAAUAUUGAUUUAAAACUUGCCAAUACUGUAUUUUCAACUGGUUCAAUACUUACAAUGUAUUAUUUCCAACCUAAGGCAUUGAAAGAUAUGACUGGAAAUUCUGGACAACAUUUAUGUGAAUUGGAUGUUAGGUUGCCCGAGGGAGUCGUAUCUGACAAUGCCAAAGUUAUUGUUGAAGAUAAUUGGACCCCAUUAUAUCCUGAAGACCAAAGUUUUAAGAUUACGAAAUGUAUUGGAAACUUGUUGAAAACAGUGGAUACUAACCCAGCUGCUCAUUAUUUAGAGAAAAAUGAUCGUCUAAUGUCGAUUGGUUCAAAGGAGACUGAAGUAUAUGUUAAGAUCCAAAAGCCGAAUUCUAAUGCAAUUGAGAGAUAUAAAGUGACUGCUGGAGGUGGUGGUUGGGGUGCGAAAGCAAAUACAAUCGUCUUAUCACCAGAAGCUAAAUUGGUUACAGGAAGUUCUAUUCAGUUCUUUAUGGUUACUCCUGAAGAUAGAUAUCAAGUCAAGAAUGAUGCGAUUGAGAAUUAUCAAAAUGCAAUUACUUUACAAAGUACAUAUGAAGAGAAGAGUUAUAAUGAAAACACCAAACCGGAGCAAGUGUUUGAAAAUGUAUUUGGAUUAAGCAUGAUUAAAUAUAUUAAAGGUGAUUUAUUCACCCAUAAAGCAAUUGAUGCAACCAAGGCAAUUGUAUUAGCACAUGCCUGUAAUACUGGAGGGAUAUGGGGUGGCGGAGUGGCCGCGGUUUUCCGUCACAAGUAUCCCUAUGCCAAUGAUGAAUAUUCCAAUUACUGUGUUAAACAUUCUAAUCUAUUAGGUAAAUCAUUAUUAAUACCAGCUACUGCAGAUGGUAAGAAUACAAAGAUCUAUAUUGGUUGUUUAUUCACUAGUGAUUUUUCUCAAUCUCCCGAAGAAAUUGCACAAUAUACAGAUGAAUCACUUUCAGAAUUAUCAAAACAGUUAAAAGAGUUGGCUAAAGAGGUUGCAAUUGAAACUGAUGAAGAUUCAAAGUAUGUUGUCAAUAUGCCCAAGAUUAAUGCUGGAAUAUUUGGUGUGCCUUGGGAAAUGACUGAAGAAGUACUUAAAAAACAUCCAGAUUUAAGUUUUAAUGUUUAUGUAAUUUAA